GUAGAAUAAUUGUCAAAUUAGAAUAAAAGAAACCGCAACCGACAUGAGGACACUACUAGUUGUCUUUCCUUCCCACUGAAGCGCAAACUCACAACUCACCCAUGGCCAACCCUCCCUCACCACCGCCGCCGCCUCCACAACCUUCCGAUCCCAUCAGAAUCGACGGCGCAGAUGAAGACGCGGCUCUCUCAUCUUCAGCGUACCUAACUCACCAAGAACUCUUAACUCGGCGAUCUCGCCGAUUAAAGCAACUCGCUCAGAUCUUCCGAGCCCAUUACUGGACCUUAAUGGAAGAGCUCAAAAUCAAACACAAAGAGUAUUACUGGAUACAUGGGAAAAGUCCAUAUAAAGAAGAUGAGAAAAACAAGAAAAGAAAGAGAGAUCGUAACAGUGAUAAAGAGAAUUUUGAAUGGAAUACGAAAUUAGGGAUUAAUGGCGGCGGUGAAGUGGGGGCGGAGGAGAGAGAGGAAGCGGAGGAGAGAGAGGAGGAAGGGGUAAGGAAAUGCUCGGCUAGUGGGUGUAAAGCGAAACCGAUGGCUUUAACGACGUUCUGUUAUACACAUAUAUUAUCGGAUUCUAAACAAAAGCUUUAUAAAGGCUGCGCCUAUGUUGUUAAAAGUGCCCAGGGAAGGCAUGUACUUUGUGGGAAACCAGCUCUGAUAUCAACUGUCCCCUCCCUCUGCCCAAUGCAUUGUCAAAAGGCUGAAAGACUUGUAGCAAGAGCCUUGAAAAAAGCAGGUCUCAGUGUCUCUUCACCGAGUAAGCUUGCUCCUAAAUUGCAUGUGAUAGUCACGGAAUUUGUCCGCCAAAUCCAAACCAAAAGAAGGGCUGCACUGAAGGAAAAUGUAUCUGAAGAUCACAUCAAGGAGGAUAGAAUUUCCCAAGGCUCUUGAUUUCAAUGUGUAUGCCUUAGAGCUGUUGAUGAAGGACAAAAAUCUGGUAAUAUCAAUGAUUGGGAGGGAGCUCAGGACAUUGAUCAUAUGCCUUGGAACAAAAUACUUUGUGCAUAUUAGAGUUUACAUCAAUUGACACCCAGUUGAAAUGGUGCAGUGCCUUUGGUUUUCAAGCAAGCCACCUUUGCACACACUGAACUACAAAGUCAAUCAAGUGAUAGACAUGGUGGUCAAGUUCUUGUCUUCCUGUUUUCAACACGGAGCUGCCAGCUGUCUGUCAUUUGCUUGCAACAACUCGUUGAGAGUUGAGACCCAGUUGAAACCAGUCCAACCCCCAAAAUAUGAAGCUGUGAAUGGGUUUUUUGUCAUAGGCAAUGAUUCUUGGUUUCUUUUCUUUAGUUGACGUUUUAUAUCUUUUUUGGCUGUAGGUGUUUCGGAUGUACAUAAUACAUACGCUUCUGAGAUGAUUAAUUCUGUUUGAUGCAUCAAAAUUCAGGCUUGGCAAUCUCUGCGACUGAGGACCGCUGGUGAUGUAAUUGGAGAUGUAUAUUCCAUGCAAUUAGUAAUUAGUAGUAGAGUGGUUAUAGUGUAUUUGAUUGAACAUUUGAAGAAGUUUUGGGAAGCAGCAAUUUUGUAUUUCCUUUUUACUUGAAUUGUUGAUGUUUCAUGAUAUCACAUAAAUAAUGCGUAGAUUUGAAUAGAUUGUGGAACUAAAA